AUGGAGAGCGUAAUUUCAUAUGUCCCAUGUGUCAGCGUUCCUUUACCCGCAACCUCUCGUCCGGUACAGGAUGUCCAAGAGGUCAACGCGCCUUGUUCCAUCACACCCCCUCUAGCGCUUGGGAUAUCUCCAUUUGAUGAAAUUAGAACAGCGUUUAAGCGAAUCGCCAACGAUAUCCGAACAGCUAAGAUAUCUUUUGCCGAGCCUACGCCUGUUCCUGCACCAGAUCAUCCAUGGAUCGAGGCGAAUUCAAGAGAAUAUUUUGGUCGACUCCAUGAGGCUUGGCCUAUUUUGCAUGCUCCUUCUUAUACGAUUGGUAUGGAAGACUCAUUUAUCGUCGCGACGUCUGUGGCUAUGAUAAGUUGCUGGUUGAAAAAUCCGGAUGAGUAUGGAGAGGUGGUGAUGGAGUUGCACGAGACUCUUAUGAAUGCAGCUUCUGAAUACAUUUCAAAUACGAUAUGUCGACAUGAAAUUGACAAACCUUGGCCGAUAGAAGCAUAUCAAGCCAUCGCCCUCCAAAUUGUCUUUGCCUUUUACCACGGUGACAAGAGAUUAAUCGCAAAAGCAUCUCUGCUACGAGGCACACUCAUCAUGUCAAUGAGAGAAAUCGAUUUUUUCAACAGCGAUGGCUCAGCAGAGCAACAACGAAUUCAUUACCCAGGAACAUUUGUCCCAUGGCUAAUGACAGUCCGUGAGAAAUGGAAACGGUAUUUUUCCUUCGACCUUGCAGACUACAAAACGGAAGCUCACAAAUUCAGAAUCAUCGUCUCGCUCUACAAAAUCGACGCCUAUUACGCUUUAGCGCACUUCCAAGCUCCAACUCUCUUUAGAGAAGAACUCGACAUCACCAUGCCCGCCACUUUCUCCCUCUGGAACGCUUUUGGUUUAGACAUUUUCUUCAAACGUCUUCCCUUUGAACCAACUGACCGAUCAAACUUUAAAAUCACUGAAAUCUGCGCCAACCCAAAUACUCCCGCCAAGUCUCUUUUACUACUGGAAGAUGUCCACCUCGCUAUGUGUGGUUUAUCACCCGCGAUAUGGAACCACGCGCAAAUCGUGCGAAGAAGUGCUGAGGCAGGACGCUCUACUCACAAUUCAACGGCGUCGCUUGCGUGGCAGCUGGAAGCGUGGAAAGCUGAUGUUGAGAGACUACAGCACCAGUGUUUUCAAACCUUUCACGAUCCGGGCAUGGGCGAGUUUCCGUUCAAGGCUUAUAUCGCGGACUUUGACGAUAAUAUACCAAGGGCAAAGGCCGCUGCCAUGAUACAUGUCAAAUGCUUAACUUCGGAUUGCAUGAUGAUUUAUCAUCUACAGAGCAUUCAGCUAUAUUCCGACACGCGGGUCAUUAACACUGUUGCCAAAGCCCACACCUCACCUGUUCUCACAGACCGCGAACCCACCGUCCGACCACGCCUACAGAAGAUUCACAACCAAUUGAGUCUCUGGACGAAAACACCAGAAAGUCGAAAAGCAUUACUGCAUGCCCUGGCAGUGCUCAUAGAUUGCGAGACAGCUCUGGAAUCCAACUCGCCUCAGACGCAAUCCAUUGAUCCAGCUGCUUACCUCGCCAUCUCCAUGAGCGCCCUUGUAGUAUGGGCGUGGCUUUUGUUCAGCGAGGCAGCUUGCAUGUGUGUUCCUAGUCUGAACCACAUCAACAUUGGCGUCGAUCCACCAGAUCUGCAGAACACCAAUACGGCGAGAUUGGAAACAUGGGUACAGGCUGAUGGGACAGCGGCUGUUUAA